AGCCGUGUUUCCUCGGCUCGAGGUCCUGGCCCCCGCCUUCCUGCUGUGCAGGCAUGAUGCCGCCAUGGUCAGCCUCCGCUCGGCGUGCCAGCUGUUCCUGCUGAUACUCGUGGCCGUGGCCUGCAUCCUCAAUGCGCUGGUCUCCCUCGGCGCGUCGGCGCCGCCUGUCCCUGCGGCGGACAGCGGCACCUCUUCGGAUGCGCCCUUCUCGGUGGCCGGCCCUGCCGCGGGGGACGUGCUCUACCGGGGCUGCGGCGCCGCUGCGCGCCGCCCGGCCGGGGCGCCGAAUCUGACGAUCAUCGGCGUGCAGAAGGGCGGGACCACGUUUCUGGGCCAGCUCUUGGGCACGCAGCCCAGGCUGAGGGACGUGUUCUGCACGAGCAAGACGGUCGCAGGGGCCGCACUUCUUCAACGAGGUCUGCUACGCCGUGCGCCCGCCGUCGCAGGGCGACGUCCGGGGGACACGGUGGCGGAUUUGGAAACGCAGUGGAGCAGCAGGUGCUUCCUCAAGAAGCUUACCUUUGAGAAGUCGCCCGCCGCCUAUCUGCAGCCGUGGAUCCCUCUCAGACUGUGUGCGUCGCUUCCGAGCCAGAAGAUCGUGUUACUUCUCCGCAAUCCCACGUCGCGUGCAUACUCCGGGUUCUACCAGGCACAGAAGGUGAUGAGGAAGGGUGCGAUGACUCUGGAUCGCAAAAGCGUCACGUUUGAUGAGAUGCUGUUUCACGAAUUGGUGCUUCUCGAGCUCGCCAUCGCGACGACAUGCAGGGGUCUUUUUACCGGCACGGGAGAGUUCCGCAGUGAUUGGAAUUUGGCGCUGCAGUUUCACGACUGUUGCGCAGAGGUUUCUGAGAAACAGGGGCACCCACAAUGGCCAGGUUGCUUUAUUGUAAUGGCCUGCGGCCAGUGCCGCCGAUCCCCGGGGCGCUCCUGAUGCGUGUGGG